CCAACGAGGUGCCGCCGCAGCCGAAGCGUGAUGCCCGCCCCUGCCCGGCGCCCAGUGCCGCCGGCGUGCUGUUGAGGCUGGAAGGCUGCGCGCCUGCUUGCAUCUCCGCCUCGUCGCCUCCGCCCGGGCUGGGACCGCUGAGCCGCCAGCAGCAGCAGCAGCAGGUUCGAUUUGUGUCGGACGCAUCUUGGGCAACAUCUUGAGACCCAAGUGAACAUUGCCAGUAGCCUGGCAUAGGUUUUUCGGGAGACGGCAGCCAUUCAUGCGAUUAGAAGCAUGACAGAGGUGAUGAACACACGCGAACCUGUGAUGGAGGAGUUCACCUUGAGUCAGCCGGAGGAAGAAGGAGGAACUUCAAGCCAGGCCUUUCCAGAUGCACAUGAAAAGUACCCUAAACUGUCAAAACGAUUACCGUCCAUCGUGGUAGAGCCAACUGAGUCGGGGGAGGUUGAGAGCGGAGAGCUGCGCUGGCCACCGGACGACCUGAAGUCCAUGGAUGAGAAGAAGGCACUCGCUAGUCAGAGAGCUUGUGCUCAGCAGCAGCUGCAGGAUCUUGAAAGUCGCCCACCUCACCAAGAAGCGGGAGAGAGCACGGAAUCUACCGGAAGCAGAACCGAGGGAGAUGACUAAGGGACGUCAUUCAGCAGGCCAGAUGUUGAAGAUUUUGGGUGCCGACCUAAUUGGGAAGCUAGCACAUUCUGAAGACGUGUCCCCAUCGUCUAUUUUAAAAGUGCAAAAGGGUUUUUUUCCGAUUAAGUUAGUAGAUGGUGAGGAGUUCAUGGGCUUUAGAACUGUUCCUUUCGACGUUUACCUUAUCAAGGCUGGGAUUCAUGUCUCUUAAAUUUCCUUUGGAAACAGCGAAGCACAUUUGGGAAUACAUUCCAGUUUCUACCAUCAGUUCUACAAAGGAAAGUGCACAGACACACACACACACACACACACUUAAUUAGUUGUAAUUAGCACUUUUAUAGUGAAAUUGCCUUAUUAAGGUAAGGCUGCCAAUCAGUGUUGGCAGCAAACAAAGGAGGGUUGCGUUACUUCAAAACACCGUAAAAAUCUAUUGAACCUUUCUUGUUUUAGCCAUUUGAAAACGAGCACUGUGAUAUUAUGGAUAUUAUGAAUAAUAUGUAAUAUAAUGUCACCCUUUGACUUUGUACCUUUUUUUGUAUAGAGACACAAGUUUAACUUUUGAAUCUGGGCUAUAGGAAAAUUCAUGACUGCCUUUCAACGACACAAACCUAUUACUUAGCCUUGGGCCCAAUCCCUCUUAUUUUUGCUGCAAAUUCCAAGAAACCAGCCUUUUAUUAAACAAAACGUAUUUUGAAGAAAACGA